UCACUGGGCUGUACUGCACUGUACUGUGCUGUUACCCUGAUCUCACUGGGCUGUACUGCCCUGGACUGUGCUUUUACUACAACAAUAACAUCAAGCCUGACAAAGGGAGGCGGUGCUCACAGAGAGACUCUGAGACGCACUCAGCCCCCGCGCUCUCUGAUGCUCUGUGUGACAGAGAGGACGGAAAGAAACUGUGGGACCGCAAGUAACUGUCACGCUGCCCCCGCCAGGCAGCCAGGACAGACCCUCCGGCUCAGACCGCGCACCAGCAUGGAGUUCGACUACCAGCAGAUCAAAGAUGCUGAAGCCAGACAUCGUGAGGAGUUAUUGGGCUCUCUGCCCAUCCCCCGCGAGAGGCUGAUGCCACGCCCACAGCUCUCCGAGUCCCCGCCCACUCGGGGGCCUCCUCCAAUCAAGCCCCGGCGAAGCAUCAAGGUCCACCCACGCAGGGAAGGGGUGGGGCCUCCACACCCACCAAGGAAACAGCUGGACAACAGCAGAGAUGAGUGUGCCCAGAAAGAUGCCCCCGCGCCCCCCUGCUGCCCGGUGUCGCUGGCGCCCCUCUCCCCCUCCCUGCGGGCUCACACCCUGCUGUGGUUCCAGCAGACACAGCUGUCCCGGCUGCAGCGCUCUGAUGGCACACUCCCUGACUGGCUCCAUGGCUUCGCCACGCGCAGGGAGGCAGAGGAGCUGCUGAAAGACCAGGAGUUGGGUUCCUUCCUCCUGAGGCUCAGCGAGUCCAAGGUCGGCUUCGUCCUCUCCUACAGGGGCACUGACCGCUGUCGGCACUUCAUCAUCGACGAGGUGGGGGGCGGCCAGUACGUCAUCGCUGGGGAGGAGAGCUGCCACAGCAGCCUGCAGGACCUGGUCAGCUACUACAGCCGCCACCCCGUGGGGCCCUUCUCCGAGACCCUGACCGCCCCCUGCAGGAAGGCAGGGGGGGGCUGCAGGGAGGCUCUGGACGAGCUGCCCAUCCGGGAGAAGCCCAGCGCCCCAGAGGGGCAGGCGGCCGGGGGGGGGCAGCUGCCGCCGCAGGAGACCCCCCCAGAGACCGAGCAGUACGCCGUGGUUAAAAAGCCGCUGAGGAAGAGCAAGUCCCUCAACCUGCCUGACAGCCACGAGCCCCCUCCUCCUGACACAGUGCCCCCUGGUGAGGAGGUCCCAGAUUUCAUUCCUCCUCCUCCCAAAGACCCCUUGGUGCCCCCUGCAGGAGAAGCCCAGGAGAAGCAUGAGGAUGCCCCCUACGCCCGCGUCAACAAGCCCAGAGCCAGCCCGCAAGCCCCCGCCCCCUCCUCCCCCCCCGCGGCCCAGGCCCCAGCUCAGCCCGUGGCCCCCAGCGCCCCCGUCUCGCUCGGGGGCUCGGAGGGGGGGGAGCAGAAGUACUGGGAACUGGUGCCCAUGCACACCUAUGAGGAGACGGGCCACCUGACCGAGCCGCGGGACGAGACCAGGCGGGUCUACUCCGAGCCGGACGACCCGAUUGCUUUCUACGCCAUGGGGAGGAGCGGCCGGGGGGGCACUCAGGCCCAGGGGGCAGCGGAUCCUCUGCGCCACCUGUACUCUGAAGUGAACCUGAGAGGCAGCGACCGGCCGGGUGCAGAUCACCCGGGAUCCACACUGCCGCCCCCGUCCGCCCCACUGAUCUCACCCCAGCCCGCGCACAGCCCCCCGGAGCUCCCCCUGCGGCCACCCCCCCGACUGGACUGCAUGGCACAGCGGCGGAGCGGAACACCUGAGGUGACCUUUAACCCUCGCUCUGGGGUGCCCCUGCCCCUCCGCGGCGACAGGGCACCCCCCCUCGACAGCUCAGCCUCCAUCUACGAGCAGAUCAGGGACCGGGACGCCCCCCCCAGCAACAGCAGCCGCCCCGCAGCGACAGACACCAGGCGGGGGUCCUGAACUCCGACCCCCAGGGCCACACCCUCCUCAAUCAGCCUCAUCAUCUUCAUUAAUGUACAUGCCUUCAAAGUCUUACACAGCAGUGCGCUCACAAAACUCCAUUAAAGGUAGCCAGUUUCACUC